AUGGCGGCCUUCGAUGAAGAAGCGCACGGUUUACUUGACGAACAUGAACUCUGCAGCGAGGACACAAGUGUACCAGAUGAUAUAGAUCUGUCCACGGCAUACACCGCCUCAUUUUCGCAUAGGCCCAAGAGAUCAUGUGCAGUGCGAUGGGCAGUGGCUGUUAUCGUGGUUUUAGUACUGUCCAUGUUUGGGGCAAUCGUUACAUCAUAUGGUGCACGAGAACAGUUCUCCGAAACUGGGCAAGAUACCCCUCUCGGUUAUCGACUUCACCCACACGAACAUACAUCUCGCCCGCCAAAGACAAUUGUUUACAGCUGGAACAUUACUUCUGGGAUCAGAUCACCAGACGGUGUUGAGAAACGUGUGUAUCUAAUCAAUGAUGAAUUUCCAGGGCCGAUUAUUGAGGCUCGAUCCAGCGACAGAGUCGUGGUACAUGUACACAACGGCCUCUCGCAAGAAGGUCUUUCAAUACAUUGGCAUGGUUUGCGUAUGAAAGACCAGAACGGCAUGGACGGUGCUGUGGGCUUCACGCAGUCCCCCAUUGCACCUAGUGACAACUUUACCUACAACUUCACUAUCGGCGAUGAUGAAUAUGGUACCUUUUGGUGGCACAGUCACUCGCAUGUUCAACGUGCCGACGGCCUCUGGGGAGGGUUAGUGGUUCACUUUCCAAAUGAGAGUAACCAAUCACCAGAAGACUAUUUGGUCAUGAUUACUGAUUGGUUUCAUCGAAAUCAAAUUGAAGUGUUGAGCUGGUUUGCAGACGCGAGUAGUCGAGGGAACGAGCCCGUUCCAGAUUCACUGCUAGUCAACGGCCAAGGGCGAUUUGACUGCUCUAUGGCUGUUCUCGCAAGACCAAUUGUUUGUUCUCAAGUCGCACUAGAAGAGCUGAAGCCGUUGUUUCGACGGACGAACGAUAGGAGGACAAGGAUACGAGUUGUGAAUGCAGGUUCAAUCGCAGGCUUUACGAUAAGAAUGGAUUCAGCAACGAUGAGGCCAGUUCGGGUGGAUGGAGGGUUUGAUGUCCACUCGAAGACAACCGAAGCUGUCGGUAUCCUUUAUCCUGGUGAGAGAGUGGAUAUCGACGUUGAGUGGAAGGACGACCAUCCUCAAAACCGUUGGCUCACGAUAUACAUGGAUGACGAGAACUUUGGCUAUCCCAAUGAAGCAUUAAAUCCGGUUCAACACUUUCCCAUCUUUGACCAUAGUCACAAGAUACCAAGUUCCAGGGAUCUAGAGCCAAAUGAAACCCGGAGCCUUGACCCGCAACAUCUCAAAGCUGCUGCAAAGGUAGUGGAUAUACCGUCAGUUGUCGAUCAAACCAUUCUUCUUUAUGCGAAAACCGAAAAGCUUGCGCAUAUGGACUACGAGCCUGUUGGAUUUAUAAAUCAUCCUUCUUGGAAACCACAGGAUCCACCUCUUAUUUCACAGGACCGAUCUAAAUGGGAUGGAAACCAGCUUAUUCCAUUCAUAUCGAUAACACUAGGGAAACCUACGAGAGUUAAUAUCAUCAUUAAUAACUUGGAUGACGGCGCGCAUCCUUUUCAUUUUCAUGGACAUUCUUUCUAUGUUCUCUCCACAUACAGAGAUGAAGGGCGUGGGAGUUGGGGGUCCUACAAUUCUUACACUGGUCAAGAGCCACCAGAUGGGAUGAAUCUGAACUUUCCAUUGCGUAAAGAUACAGAAUCUGGGCGUUACACUGUCAUAUGCUUGUUCAUAUGGCACGAGGUAUGGCCAUUGGUUUGCAGGUUGAUUAUGGGACAAGCACAAGAGGACUGUGACAUUUGA